ACCAGAAACCAGGCAAACAAUCUGUACCCAGAACACAAAAGGAAAACACCAGGUUUUGUCUUUACCCAGUGAGGUCAACGUAGCCUGCAGCGACACCCCACACCAACCGUCCGCCCAUCAUCCCGCGGGCAGACGACAGUUGCUGAGAGCAGACGACAAUCAGCGGAGCAGACGAUAAGAGGAUCAGUCUACUUUACGCUCGUCAGGUGUUGAUGCAGAUUCGCUGGAAUGUUCUAAGUAUCUGGUUUACAAAGCUUCCAUUUGUCUUCAUGUAGGCUGUUUGUAUCUCAAACAUAGUUGACCGACAUUGCUCGGACGUCGAUAACCAGGACCGGAGUAGUAUGGUGGAUAGCAUCACAAGGGAACACUAUCACAGAUACACGCGUGCUGGGAAGGAUGUUAACCCAGGGGAUACAUAGUAAAACUGAGGUAACUGAUGAAGACACGAUGAAAAACGGAGGUAUCUGAUGAAGACACGAUGAAACAACGGACACAUCGACGCGAGAGGAACCGAUUGCAGUCGAAUGGAAAACAUGGUGGACUGACAAGCCAAACGACGCCCAAAUUGGAUGUCAGUUUGAACACUUCCUCGUCUGAUGUAGGCGACUUUACAGGGGAAGAGGAUAUUUUCCCGCGGUUUUCACCAUGGGUCGUCUGCGCCUUGACAAUGGCCGUCAGGGUGAAUUAUGUCAGUCAGCCAAGGAAUUGGUGGAUACUUCAUCCGGAUGAGAUAUUCCAAUCUCUGGAAGUUGCCCACUCCGAGGUGUACGGGUAUGGAUUCCGCACCCACGAGUACCUGCCAUCUACGGGGACCCGAACGUCACCCAGGUGCGCUACAGUGAGAUUCAGAUGGGGAUGCAUAGCACUAUGGAAGGUAGUUCACGCUGUCGUGUCAUCUUGUCUCCCAUUGGCUGUCUACAAGUUCACCCGAAUCCUCUUCCGGUCACAUGACUGUGGUGUUCUGGCGGCCAUACUGACGGCAGGAAGUACUCAUCUUUCCGUGUUUGGCACACAUACGCUCAUCAACAGCUUCUGUGGUACACCGCUAUUUUGUGGGUUAUACUUUCUGUUUAAAAACUUACUUUGUGUUUCGACAAACCCCAACAAAGAUAAAAAAGUCAAGUCGUCUUCAGAUUCCACUCGGAAUCUGAAUUACGUGUCAAAGUAUGUGCCUGACCACGAGAAAAGUCGAGAAAGCUCGGGAUCUAAGAACAUGUGCAGUUGUGAGAGAAGCAAGGGUUUGUAUCACGGCUUCGAACACGGUGACGGAGGAAUCACUGGCAUCACGAAAGGGUUUGCCAACUGUCCGGGAAUCAUCAUUGCAGCUAUAAUCCAAAGUAUGACAAACGGGAUAUCUUUAAUAAACGAUUGUUCUCGGCCAAAUGAACCAGUGACUCAGAAAGAAGACGGUGUUGCUGAACGUGUUUAUAGUAAACAUGAGCUAAGCCCUGACAGUGAAAUGUCUGCGUUAAAUGAUUCAAACAUGAAUGUCAUUACAACGUAUCAGCGACAACAGCUUGAAGAUUGUGAACGUGACCAUGACAAAAGGGAGCUAACUCUUGCAUCUUUCAUUCUAGUUAUAUGCUGCUACAUACGCGUAGAUGCAUCUCUGUUUGUAGCCGCGACGUCACUUCCUCAUAUUAACCGGAAAUGCCUACAGAAAACCAGACUAGUUCCGUGCAUUGUUGGUGCAGUUAUCGGCCUUGCAUUUUGUGUUUGUGAUGAUUUCAAUUCAUAUGGAGUGGGAGUGAUCUCCCCUUACAGCUGGUUUCAGUUCAACGUCCUUCAGGACCAUGCUGCGGUUGUUUUCGGGAGGAUGCAGUUUACCUGGUAUUUGAAGAACUUGAUUGGACAAAGUUCGUGUUUGAUGCUAUUGACAACCUAUUUCUUCUCAAUAAUAUGCGUUAAUUUAGUCGUAUAUAAGUCCCUUUCCCAUUCAGAUCGACACAGAUGCCGAGUCAUCAGCAAACUUGCUGUGUCUCUUGUCAUACUCAUGUUGAUAUACUCUGCUAAUGAACACAAAGAACUUCGCUUUAUGCAUAAUUAUCUAGUCCUAGCUUUUAUUGGUUGUUCUCAUUGUUUUUAUAUCAGUGCCAAAUACCUGAAAACCAUAAAAUAUGGCCCAAACGGUCACUUGUUUACAUUAAUGGCGGUUGUCCUGUAUAUUCUAAGUCAGUGGUAUGUGUUCCCCUCGUCUCUCGACCAAUCAAACAAGACAUGGACUUACACGGGGAACACACAAUCUCAUGACGUCAUCACAUGUUUUGAUUACGUAAGUAAACAAAAUGACGUCACAGGUGUCUUCACGGAUCAAAUGGUUCACAUGAGCGGAGGUUAUACCGUGUUGCAUCAAAAUGUUCCAAUAAUUGGACUCCUCCAUUAUGAGUUUUAUGAAUUUAGUUACGGCACAAGGAAGAAUCUAAACUCUGCGAAUUUCUUCGGAAGGAAGACAAACGUGACUGUGAGUACUUUCAGCGAAACAUCAGAAUUUGUGUCUGUGUACAAUACCCCGUACCUUUUGAAAGUCUUGGUGGCCAAGAAACAUUACAAUUACCUAGUGAUGAACACGGACAGGAAGUUCGUUAAGAUUGGUUUUCGUGAAGUGUUCAGAUCGGGAAAAAGGAGGGUCCUAAAACGGAAUCUUGACGCAGAGGCAGAAAGUCAACUGGAGCGGAUAGCUGCAACCAUCCCCCUCGGUAGCAAUGCCACAAUACUGACCUACGAGGGCGACUGGUUGAUGAGAUUUCGACAGUUUGACGUAGCAAUACCUCGCUUUCAGAAAGCACUACAGCUGGAUAUCAAGCUGGUUGAGGCUUAUAAGUUGCUCGCCUUGUGUUACAAAGUGCUAGGAGACCAUCAAUCCUCUAAUGCUGUGAUAGCUAGGUGUGUGGAGGCACGAGGCAAGAGACUGUGCUACGAGAAUCUAAACAGGAUCCGUUUACAUGAUUUAUACGGCUUCCAAGGUUGAAGUUAUUACAGAACAAAUAAUGUCUCGCCAGUGCUUGUUGAAGAAGGUAUUGAAUUCACGCGAGAGCAAGAUACUUAUCUCAAAGUACUUCUUCAACCACCAUUUUCUUUUUCGUCAGUUAAGAAAAUCACGAGAGCAUGUUCAACAACAAUAGCUAUAAAAGUUAUUAUUCCGAUAGGAUUGAUUUGUGGAACAGUUUUCCUCAUUUUGCGUAGACAGGUAAUAUUGCUUGUCAGGUAAAGAAACCUGUGAUUGCAUCUUCAAGCAGGCACAGGAGUCUCAAGAGGAACUUGGCAAGGGAGACAACUCAACGGCGAUACGCUGUACGUUAUAAAAUAUACAAACUGUGGUUAUGUUAUAGGGCACAACUAAUUCACAAUUGUUUAUUUGUAUUUUUAUGUUUUCAAAUUAAUAUUGCUGUUUUUGACAGUAAUUCUAACUCACAUAGUCAGAUUUUAUAAUAAUGUUUCAGUCUUAUUUUGGUUAUUUAUUGAUAUGUUGUUGAAUAAACUUGUUGGGACCUCUUAA